AUGGAUCCUGCUGGGCUUCUUCUGUCAAUAAACAUGAUUGACGAAAAGCUUGAGGCGCUUGCCAACAGCCACAAAACAGCCUCUGAGACAUUGAGUCUGAUCAGAGAACAAGUCAAGGCACUACAAGCAGGGACGCAAAGGAUUCAGGAAUGGCUACAUUUCACCGAGCCUACCGAGAGAGCUCAAGUGACAGGCAGUGUCCAAGAUGCCGUGGCGACUGUCCGAUCCUCACUUGAGCGUCUGCAGGACGGUGUGGCUGCUGGCUUUCAGGGUGGUAACCCUGCCGCAAAGCUGAUAGACGAUAACAAGGACAGUGAGCCUGGCGAUGGUACCCUAAUCCACAACGAGGCUCGAAUGCGGAAGUACCUUGUUGACUUGCGCGAAUGCGCCAGCCUGAUACAGUUCACGCUCAAUGUCUGUCAGCUUCCUGGUGGCGAGACAGCUACACAAAGGACCAGAGAGUUGUCGAACGUUGCCAAGGCGUUGCGACGAGCGCAGAUAUCCUCGCGGCGUGAGCGGAGAAAUGUCAUUGAGCAAGUCAGCACGAAAGGACCUCAAGCAAGCUCCGAGGACUACGAUAACCUGAUGGUAUCGGUCAUGGCCGCGGAAGAAGAGUUGACGGACGAGUCGCUACCAUCAUCAACGCAGGUGUCUCUGGAUUCAUUAGAUGCAUUGGGUAGCGGAAAUGGGAAUGCUAUGAACCUGGACAGCAGACCAACACAGGAGAAGCCCAAGCCUGCAAAUCCUACUGUUACGAUUAAUGGCCACGACCUACCUGAUAUGCCACCAGUGAGACCGCCAAAAGAUCUACCGGACGCUUCCUCGUUAGCAUCUAAUACUGGACUUCGACCUGCUGUAAAGGACAGACAGCCGUCUUGGUCAUCUGGUGAUGGACAACUAAUCGAUGAUAUCAACAACAUUCUUGGUACCAUCUCAGUUUCCUCCGGCGACGAGAAGCAGCGGGAGGCAGCUUCGCCGCCGCCUAACAUACCUACGAAGAGUUCGCAGCGUCCAGAUAAUAAUCCGCUGACAGUCACACGCAAUCGAGGUCUAAGUCUGGGUAGCAUCCGCCGGAAGCCCGUUUCAGCGACGUGGAGUUCAAGCGAUAUCUCGAAACGACCUUUGCCAGAGAACCAGGCUCCAGCUAGAAGGAAUACAGGGAUCCGAUCGUCUGCUAGCAGUUCUGCCAUGAGGAUUGCGCAGAAGAUGACACCUUUGACUGAUGGUCUGCGAUCUCUGAGUCCCGAUGACUAUGUCAAUGUUGAGCUUGAGCAGCAUUCGCCGGUGCAGCCGUAUGUAGACAGUCCGCCGGCCUACGUAGCUGCAUCGUCUAGUGUUGUCGCAACGCCACGAGCAGUGCAGCCACGUCGAGAUACUGGUAGAAGAUCCCUCGUCCGACAGAGUACACUAUCUAUGAUGACACAGCUCGCCCGUGAGAGUAGACUCGAGGAGAUCAUAGGCGCUCUGAAGGACGGCUAUAACGUCAACGAACUCGAUACGUCCACUGGCACAACACCUAUCAUAGAAGCUGCGCGGUAUAGAAGAUAUGAUGUAUGUCGACUACUUCUCGACUCCGGCGCUCGUGCACAUCUCAAAGACUCGGAUGGUAACACUGCGCUCCACCAUGCUGCUCGUGAGGGCGAUAGCGAGAUCUGUCAGCUGCUGGUCGACGCCGGAGCUCCAUCGGAAGACUGCAACAAAGACGGUAAACAGCCCAUACAGCUUGCAGUCGUGGGCGGGCAUACUGAGACUGUUCUAUGUCUUGUGAACUCGAUUCCGUAUCGCAAGCCCAACGACGAGGCUCUGAUCGAGGCCUGGUUGUCUGCAAUCAGGCUAGGAGACACGCCGACAGCCCAGGCCCUCCUAGCGAAGGGCGUCAAGCCUAAGAGGCUAAAAGAUUCGUGGCGUAUGGCAGGGUAUGCUGCUCAAAGCGGCAGUCUACCCAUGAUGGAGUAUUGUCUGGCCGAGAGAGCGAAUCUCAAAGAUCGGAGUCCUCUCGGCUACAGUCCGUUGCACUUUGCGGCACUACAUGGCCACCAACCGAUGGUGGAGAAGCUGCUUGCGUUGAAAGUACCGUGGAAAGCGACUACCAAAAAGACAGAGGAGACAGCUCUACAUAUGGCUGCAGCGGCUGGACAUACCGGAUGUGCACUCGCGCUCGUCGCUCACAAGGAUGCUAAUGUCACCGUCGAAGACGCCGACGAUCAGCAGCCAGUGCAUCAUGCUGUGCGCAAAGGCGAUGUCAAGCUCAUGGCCACUCUACUAGAGCAUGGUGCGAAGCUCAAAGAUUACAACAAGUAUGGUUGGAAGCCAAUUCACUUAGCAGCGGCAUACGGACAUGUCGCACUCUUAGCCGAAUGCAUUACUCGAGGCACCAAUAUCGAGGAGAAGCUGACAACACCAUCUUUUAAACCCGGAAAGCGCACCAACCAGGCAGCUCGAAGAGGAUAUUGGGCUGAGAUACGCUGGCCUCACGCGGGCUCGAGGCCAUUGCACCUUGCCCUGGAAUUUGGACACGUUGACAUCGCCAAUCUCCUAAUCUCUGGAGGCGCAAAGCUGGACGAAGCCGACUCUCGCGGCUGGCGACCAUUACAUAUGGCAGCUUGGAGCUGCCUGCCGGAUAUGGUAGACCUUCUACUAUACAAGGGCGUAGCAGCGAAUUCUAAGACCAUAGACGGACAUACCGCUCUCACACUUGGCUAUCGCGAGUAUGGCAUUCUGGCAGACCAGGCGGCACGGGCACGAAUACACGAUAGGCUGUCCAUGGCUCUAGCCCACGAGAAGCGCUCGAUGCUGAAACAGAUAACCACAUACAAGCUGCCAACUUCAGGCGAAAGCAAGACUGCGCACCAGAGGAAUUUGGCGUGGCAUACUGCUCAGCUUGCUGAAGCACUUUAUCAACCCGAGGACAAUCGUGAGGGUGAAGACGAGGCUGAUAUAGAUGAUAUGUCGGAUUCUAUCGAAGGCUCAGAAAUCGGCGUUGCCGUGUCGGACGAUGCAUAUGAUCUAUACACACAGCCAGGCUCGUCUAGGACAACGAAGUAG